GAGAGUCUGUGAGAUUUGCGUAUCCGCCAUCUCUUGGAGCCCGAAAGUAGCUGAACGCGAAGCGCUUGUCAACAAGUCCGAAGAGUGAGACUCGUAAAGAAGGUCAAGUGGAGGCUCAGUGCUGCCUCAGUAUACGUGUUCCCCGUCUUUUGUCAGAGAAGACUUUCAUGUGAAAGGAGACAACGGCGGGGAAUAAGCCAGACAUGUCAAAUCUCAGCAAAGGGGGCACUAAAAAAGACACCAAGAUGAGGAUACGAGCCUUUCCUAUGACCAUGGAUGAGAAAUAUGUGAACAACAUAUGGGACCUCUUGAAAAAUGCUAUUCAGGAGAUCCAGAGGAAAAACAACAGUGGGCUGAGCUUUGAGGAGCUCUACAGGAAUGCCUACACCAUGGUACUACACAAACAUGGAGAAAAGCUCUAUACAGGCUUGAGGGAGGUGGUCACAGAACAUCUCAUCAACAAAGUACGUGAGGAUGUGUUAAACUCCCUGAAUAACAACUUUCUGCAAACACUGAAUCAAGCCUGGAAUGACCACCAGACAGCUAUGGUGAUGGUCAGAGACAUCUUGAUGUACAUGGACCGAGUGUAUGUUCAGCAGAAUAAUGUAGAGAACGUCUAUAAUCUAGGUCUCAUCAUCUUCAGAGACCAGGUGGUUCGUUAUGGUUGCAUUCGGGACCAUCUAAGGCAGACCUUACUAGACAUGAUUGCCCGUGAGAGAAAAGGAGAGGUGGUGGACAGGGGUGCCAUUCGUAAUGCUUGUCAGAUGUUGAUGAUUUUGGGAUUGGAAGGACGUUCUGUUUAUGAAGAGGAUUUUGAGGCCCCAUUCUUAGAAAUGUCUGCUGAAUUCUUUCAGAUGGAAAGUCAAAAGUUUUUAGCUGAGAACAGUGCAAGUGUGUACAUAAAGAAAGUGGAGGCACGGAUAAACGAGGAGAUUGAGCGAGUUAUACACUGUCUGGAUAAAUCGACAGAGGAGCCGAUUGUAAAGGUGGUGGAGAGAGAGCUCAUCUCCAAACACAUGAAGACCAUUGUAGAGAUGGAGAACUCUGGCCUGGUACACAUGCUCAAGAAUGGAAAGACAGAAGAUCUGGCCUGUAUGUACAAGUUGUUCAGUAGGGUGCCUAAUGGCCUGAAGACCAUGUGCGAGUGUAUGAGCUCAUAUCUGAGGGAACAAGGCAAAGCUCUGGUGUCUGAGGAAGGAGAAGGCAAGAACCCUGUUGACUACAUCCAGGGCCUUCUCGAUCUGAAGUCACGGUUUGAUCGCUUCUUGCAAGACUCCUUUAACAACGACCGUUUAUUCAAGCAGACCAUCGCAGGGGACUUUGAGUAUUUCUUGAACCUGAACUCUCGUUCACCUGAGUAUCUCUCGCUCUUCAUUGACGAUAAGCUGAAAAAAGGAGUGAAAGGACUGACAGAGCAGGAGGUGGAGUCUAUCUUGGAUAAAGCCAUGGUGCUGUUCAGGUUUAUGCAGGAGAAGGAUGUGUUUGAGCGCUACUACAAGCAGCACUUGGCCAGAAGGCUCCUCACUAACAAAAGUGUCUCUGAUGACUCAGAAAAAAACAUGAUCUCAAAGCUAAAGACGGAGUGUGGCUGUCAGUUCACAUCUAAACUGGAAGGCAUGUUCAGGGACAUGAGCAUCUCAAACACAACCAUGGAUGAGUUUCGGCAGCAUCUUACAUCAACAGGGGUGUCUUUAGGUGGUGUUGACCUCACAGUGAGGGUUCUAACGACAGGAUACUGGCCAACACAGUCCGCAACUCCCAAAUGUAACAUCCCCCCUUCACCAAGACAUGCUUUCGAGGUCUUUAGAAGGUUUUAUUUGGCCAAGCACAGUGGUAGGCAGCUCACAUUGCAGCAUCACAUGGGUUCAGCAGACCUCAAUGCUACCUUUUAUGGGCCAAUAAAAAAGGAGGAUGGCUCAGAUAUGGUCGGUGGGGCUCAGGUUACAGGCUCUAAUACUAGGAAACACAUUCUGCAGGUUUCCACAUUCCAGAUGACAAUCCUCAUGCUUUUCAACAACCGAGAGAAAUCCACAUUUGAGGAGAUUCAGCAAGAGACCGAUAUCCCAGAGAGAGAGCUGGUGCGUGCACUGCAGUCUCUGGCCUGUGGAAAGCCCACACAGCGAGUCCUCACUAAAGAACCCAAGUCGAAAGAGAUCGAGAGCGGCCACGUGUUCACUGUCAAUGACCAGUUCACCUCUAGACUGCACAGAGUCAAGAUUCAAACAGUUGCAGCCAAACAGGGAGAAUCGGACCCUGAGAGGAAGGAGACGCGACAAAAAGUGGAUGACGACAGGAAACAUGAAAUUGAGGCGGCUAUUGUUCGGAUCAUGAAGUCCAGAAAGAAAAUGCAGCACAAUGUUCUAGUAGCAGAGGUAACCCAGCAGCUGAGGGCACGAUUCCUCCCAAGUCCCGUGGUCAUUAAAAAGCGUAUUGAAGGACUUAUUGAGAGAGAAUACUUGGCAAGAACACCAGAAGAUCGCAAAGUGUACACAUACGUAGCAUGAAGGAGGAGCGUAAUUAAAUCUGGCAUGAAAGAGCGAGUGAGAGUGAGCAAGCAAGCAUUGUUUUUGGGACUUUGUAACACACCUCACAUGGGAUGUUAUUUUAUUUUAUGUCCUUUUUUUGCCUUUGUUGUCAUUCGUACUGGGAAUAAACUGAGAAGAAAACCUUCGCUUUCUAAUGAACUUGUUUUAAAUUGUUCUUACGGAUUUUUGUUCCCACAAGGCUUUCCACUGGAUUCGAUUCAAAGCUUUUACAGAAGGUCUUUGUCUCUAUGAGAGAAUUGUUGUUGUUUUUUUUUGUGUGUGUGUGUGUCCCUUAGAAUCAUACAACCAAAUUAAGUUAAUCACAGUUUCCCAACAUUAGAUAUCAUUAAGACCAUUCAUAUCAUUAUGAAAUCCCUUUUGAUUUUUUUUCUUAUAUCUGUGUAAGCAUGUUUGGUUUAUGGCACCUGUCAUCUGUGCUUUACCUGUAAGAUUGUCAGAUUUGUAGCUGGGCAGCAGAGACGUGCAGCGUUUGAUUCAAAGUGUGAUUUACUGAACACAGAUGGAUUAACACUUACACAGCAUAUAACAGGUGGUUUGGCUGUCUUUUUUCCCUUGCAGUUUUUUUUUUUUUCUCCUCAUCAUGUCUGACAUGGCCAAUUGUAAAAGAUGACUUAAGAGCAUUUUAUUUUAAAGGGGUCCUUUGAAUGCAGUUUAAACUGGGACGGGGGCGCAGUUUGUGUUUUCAGCAUUAUUAUAUUUCAAUGUGUAUAAAUUGUAAAAUAAUUGUUAUUGUACUCAAUGCUGAAGUGAACUGUACAGGGCCUUGUUUUCAUCAAUAAAUGUAGAAAAAGAAAGAAAAAAAAACAAUAAAAGGAAUGGCCGUUUUGAGUCGGA